AUGGAUGUACUCGGCCCUGGACAAGGCAACAACACCACAUCUUCCGAGGGUCCCUUCGGAACACGCGCCAACGCUACUGGCAUCUCUGAUGUGACCUUCAGCUACCAAGUGAUCACCUCUCUGCUACUGGGCACGCUCAUCUUCUGCGCGGUGCUGGGCAAUGCGUGCGUGGUGGCCGCCAUCGCCCUCGAGCGCUCCCUGCAGAACGUGGCCAACUAUCUCAUCGGCUCCCUGGCCGUCACCGACCUCAUGGUGUCGGUGCUGGUGCUGCCUAUGGCCGCGUUGUACCAGGUACUCAACAAGUGGACGCUGGGACAGGUCACCUGUGACCUGUUCAUCGCCCUUGACGUACUGUGCUGCACCUCGUCCAUUCUGCACCUGUGCGCCAUCGCGCUGGACAGGUACUGGGCCAUCACGGACCCCAUCGACUACGUGAACAAGAGGACACCUCGGCGCGCUGCCGCGCUCAUCUCGCUCACUUGGCUCGUUGGCUUCCUCAUCUCCAUCCCACCGAUGCUGGGAUGGCGCACCCCCGAAGACCGCUCAGACCCCGACGCGUGCACCAUCAGCAAGGACCAUGGCUACACUAUCUACUCCACCUUCGGCGCUUUCUACAUUCCGCUGCUGCUCAUGCUGGUUCUCUAUGGGCGCAUCUUUAGAGCCGCGCGCUUCCGCAUCCGCAAGACAGUCAAGAAGGUGGAGAAGAAGGGAGCGGACUCCCGCCUUGGGGCGUCGCCAGCCCCGCAGCGCAAGAAGAGCGCAAAUGGCGAGCUAGGGAGCAGAGAGUGGAGGCAGGGCGUGGAGAACAAGGCAGGGGGGGUUCUGUGCGCCAAUGGCGCGGUGAGGCAGGGUGACGACGGCGCCGCCCUGGAGGUGAUCGAAGUGCACCGGAUGGGCAACUCCAAAGAGCACCUGCCGCUGCCAAGCGAGGCCGGUGCUAUCCCCUGCGCUCCCGCCUUCUUCGAGAAGAAAAAUGAGCGCAACGCCGAGGCCAAGCGCAAGAUGGCCCUGGCCCGCGAAAGGAAGACGGUGAAGACGCUGGGCAUCAUCAUGGGCACCUUCAUUCUCUGCUGGUUGCCCUUCUUCAUCGUGGCCCUAGUCUUGCCCUUCUGCGAGAGCAGCUGCCAUAUGCCCACCCUGUUGGGCGCCAUAAUCAACUGGCUGGGUUACUCCAACUCUCUGCUCAACCCUGUCAUUUAUGCCUAUUUCAACAAGGACUUUCAAAACGCAUUUAAGAAGAUCCUCAAGUGCAAGUUCUGCCGCCGAUGA